AAACGACGCCCAAAGCUGACGACGUGGCUGAGAAACGUCUCAUCACCGGUUUUCAGCGGACCGGGGUGAUUCAAAUCAGAGUGCAGGCUGUUCUCUCAUUGCUAGUUCUGGACUUGUAAAAGCUCUAGCGGUACUUUGCAACUCUUUGACCUCAACACUGUGCAGUUAUGUCGGGAAAAGUCAAAGGCCGAAGUGCGGCUAACGCGGACUCCAUGGCUGGCGGAGUGUCCUGUGAUGAGCGCAUCUUGCGGGAGAUUCAUCAGCUGUACACGGAGGCGGACAGCGGGUUAAUUCCAGUGGCUGAAUCUGUUGGUUUGAAGCUCCUUCCACCCAGGAAAAAAAUCACGGUGAUGCUGAUGGGCAACCAUUCAGCCGGGAAAAGCUCUUUCAUCAACUGGUAUGUAGAGGAGCACAUCCAGCGCACUGGGGUGGCCAUUGAGACGCAGGGCUUCAGCUUUGUUACAAACGGUCGCAAAAGAGAGUCCCUCACGGGAAACGCAACCCUUCAUCUAUAUCCACAUUUCAAGCCUUUGCAAGAGUUUAAAGGUGUUUCAGAGUACCUGAGCACUGAGAUCUGCACAUCGCGGCAAAAGCGGUUCAGCCUGGUGACGUUUGUGGAUUCUCCAGGCUUGGUGGAUGGAGAUAUGAAAUAUCCCUUUGAUGUGGACGAUGUGAUCCUCUGGCUGGGGGAUCUUUGUGACCUUAUUCUGGUUUUCUUUGACCCCAUGGGUCAGGCUCUGUGCAAGCGGACCCUCAACAUUGUGGAGUCCCUGAAUGAAAAACAUGGUGACCGGCUACACUUUUAUCUGAGCAAGGCGGAUGAAGCUGGUGGAGAGUCAGACAGACAGAGAGUAAUGAUGCAGAUUGUUCAGGAGCUCUGCAAAAGACCAGGACUCAACACAUGUGGUUUCGACAUGCCCACCAUUUACAUUCCCAAUCCCAACAAGCCCUGUCGCUGUGUGAACCAGAUUGAGGAGGUCUGUCGUGCCAUCGAGAAAACCAUCAACCAGACGGUCCAGAACACCCUCAACUCCCUGGAGAAGGACUGUGAGCUCAUCAGCGAGGCCAUCACAAAUAAACUCAUCAAUGACAGGCAGAACAGUUUGGAGAACAGACGCGCCCGCUGCCAGAGCUGCUUCCUGUCCCUGCUGGGUUUCUGCAUCCCACUGGCUCUGCUGGCCUUACUGGUGCUGGGGACGUGUUCCAAAGAGCUACUGGACAUGGCUCUGGGCCAACAGUGCAGAGAGGCUCUUUCACUGUAUCUGACUCCAGUAGUGAAAAUAUUUGACUCCCUGUCUGGGGAACAGCGGCUUUAUUGGUGCAGUGGACUGGUCCUCCUCUCCUUCCUCCUGCUCAUCGUUGCUCGCUUUGCCUUCAGAACUCGGCUGACUCUGACAGGCAAACAGAAACGGCAGCUUCAGGAGAAGCUCGAAUACAUCCAGGAGGUGGUUAAGGCCAAAAAGAAAAAUCUCUACGAGGAAUAUCUGCGCCAGAGUGUUAGUGAUCAUGACAUGGACAUGUGAAGGAGAAAAAGAAAAAAAGUUCCUCGCAAUGACUUGGGACCAACUUGCCAACAUUCCACACUAUCUUAAAUACGUGUCUUUCUUUUUAUUCCAAAUAUAUGUUUAUUUUGUCUACCUGCACAUGACAUGAACUUGUUACUGUUCUUCUUUCUUCUGAGCUCUUCCUUUCUGGGUCCUGUGCCGCUGUCCCUUUCCAUGUAAUUCAGAUGUGAACCACUCUGACACAAAGAUGUUGAAGCUAUUUAUAGCAACAUAUACCACUGAAUUGAGUGUCUUUGUAAACAUUUUCAACUUUGAGGGUUUUACCCAGAAUUUUAUACAGUAUUUUCUCAACAAGACGUCACAUAUUUGUAUUAUUCCUAUAGGUAUCUGUGGUUUAGUAAGUAGAAUAAUCAAUUAAAAAUUCUGCAGUUCUGAUUGUUUGCCAGCAGUCAUGAAAUUGCAUAGGAUUGCCUUUCAAUUGUUUAAUUUUUUCUGAUUUAAAUAACUAAAUAAACGGUUUAGUCAAGAGGGUUCUGGGAGAAAAUGUGUAUUCAUACACACCACCUUGAAAGGCUUUUAUCAUUUUUCUUUACUUGAGUCGGGUUACAAUGUUUUAUAGAUUUCUUUCUUUUCAUACUGUAAAGAAUAAAGCUAUAAAAGCCUUCAGAGAAUUUUAUUUGAAAAAAUCA